AGCACCGAAGGGAUCGAUGACAUUUGACGAUGAGCCGGUCGCGGCAGAAGAAGAAAACAAAGAGGAAAAUGGCGGUAAAGAGGCUGAUGAUGAAGACAAUAAGCCCUUUGAAGAAUCAACCAGGUCACGGCUUCCGAAAGUUGAUGAACAAGCACCCAGUAAAUGUGCCAACAGGGAAGCCUUGCAAAAAAGCUGUCAGUCUUCAGUACAGGUGAUGAAGGUUCUGUUAAACCCAAAAUUGGAUAGAUGCAACAGCCUACCAGAAGUGUCCCCCGUAUAUGGAAGAAAACUUAGCAACUCAGCCAAAGGGCUAUUGGAUUGCCUUGCAAAUCUUCAGCUGAUAGACACGGAUUCUGCUGAUGCCACAACUAGGGAUGCCCGGUAUAACGAACUGAUGAACGUCCUCCAGUCACUUUGGCUGUGUGAUCCUUUGGACAAGGAGAAAAGUGUUCCAUUCAAAAACCAUCGAUCAGCGGAUGAUCCAAAGUCCUCAUCUGGUGUAGAUGUUAGUAGUGGUUCUGCAGGCUCUGGAAAGGGCAGUGAUAAUGGUAGAAUAUAUAUGGCACAAAAAACGGAAUUACCACUAAGUACGGGCAAUGCACUUGUUGACCAGAAUCCAUUACAACCAUUGGAAGAAGAAAUUGAAUUUACUGCCUCUUCAUCCAGACUAAUUUUGGAUGGAGAAGAAACAGUCACUCUGUCUGAUCCAGCGACUCCUGACAUAGCCAUGCGUGUGAGGGAUAGCCCUGUAAGUGAGGAAGAAGGUUCUGAUUCCAAGAGACAAGAAGAUAAACACAAAGGUCCAGGUUCAAAUGAAACAAUCAGAAGUGAUGAAAGUCCAAAGGAAAUUAUAGAAACACCUUCCACAUCGAAUAGAAGUUCAGGGAAUGAAGGUAAUAUGUUAAAAUUAGCAGGUGAGACUGUAAGAGAUAUAAAGGAUGUCGUAAGUUCUCGGACACUUCCAUAUUCAGAAAACAUAAGAGAUAAAAAAGUUUCCAAAGACCCAGAUCCUGUCUGGGUUUUGAAUUUGUUAAAAAAACUAGAAAAGCAGUUUAUGACACAUUAUGUAAAUGCGAUGGCAGAGUUUAAAGUACGAUGGGACUUGGACGACAAUGUAAUUCUGGAUGCUAUGAUAAAUGAACUGAGAGAAGAGGUAAGCAGGAGGAUACAGUCAAGCAUCAAUAGAGAGCUGCAAAAAAUUCACAGUCGGGCUGGAAGGGAACCAAGACCUCCACUGCAAAGCAUCUCCCGAGAGUCUUCUGCACAAACUGAGCAACGACGUAGACGUCUGAAGGUCAUGCACAACAAAUCUAUAAAGGAUUCACUUCAGAGAAGUGAAGAAAAUUAUACCGUCACCGGUACAGAUUUUAGCGAUCAACGCAGUGAAGACGGAUACUGUCCGUGUGAAACAUGCAUGAAAAAGAAAAUGGCUUCCAGACUUCUAGAGCAGAAAAAAAAUGUAUGUUCUGCGCCGGUGAUGAUGGAUUUUGAUCUAAGAAAGAUUCUCCAGUUGAAAAGGCAACCUCCUGCAAUUUUAAAAGAACGACCAAAUGUUGAAGUGAGAACUGUUGGUGGCAAUGGAAACCAAGACACAAAUGAAAAUGUUAAGGUCUUGCAGGGGGAGGGGAACAGGGAAAAGGCCAAGCUUAAGGAAUUGGAAAGAGAUGAAAUUGAAAAUGAAGCUGAUGAAGGAGUGGAAAGUAUUAGCAGAGAACAAAUGACUGGUAAUCAAUUAGAGAAAAAAGAGGGAGGUACUGCAAAAGAUGAUGCCGGUAAGUCAGGCAAAGACAGCGAGGGGAUUGAUGUAGCUGAGAAAGGAGAAGGUGGUCAAGUAUACGGAGAAACAGGAGGAGGAGAUAGUGAGCUAACGAAUGAUGGUAUUGCUGGAGAAAAUGCGGCUGAAGACAGUGAAGAGGACGGCGUGACUAUUAAAGAAGAAGACUGGGCCAAUCAGGAUGGCAUAACUGAAGAAAAUAUUGCAUCUCCUGAAGUGGCAAAGGGACUUGCAGAUGGUGAUAAAGGAGAAGCUGACAAAUAUGGUAGCAAUGAAGAAUACAGCAGAGCUGUGGCUGAAACCACGGAAGAUUAUCCAGGUGAAGGAAACAGAACCCAUGAGGAUGAUGAUUCACGUUGUGUUGGAACAGCUGAAGAACAUUCUGCAGAUAAAAUUGACAAUGCAGAAGGACAAAAUCCCGAAACCAGCGAAGAUUGUGAUUCAGUUAAAGAAGAUGGAUGUGAUCAGCUGAAAGAAUCUUAUGAACAGACAAAGACAGAAGUCAACACAGCUAUAGAGAGACAGGAAACAGAGGAUAUUGAUGUGACUGUAAGAGUACAUGUUGCUGAAACAUGUAGUAUAGAGGGCAAUGCUGAGGAACAACAGCAUGACGGUGAUAUAGCAGAGGAUGUUUCAGAAACAUGUUGUAGCAAGAUUCACUGUUGAAGAAUAUCAGAAAAAUGGUCCUGGCGAAACUGGAGCUGGAAAAUGCACCAGAAAGUGGCAACCAGGUUGGAUGAAGACAGGAAUAUCAAGUUUGCAGAGUCUUCUGAUGAUUCAAGUGUCUCCGAGGAGAGUCAAGAUAGCUCAAGUAGCAAACAAUGCUUAUCCAAAACUGAGUCAUCCAGUGACCGUCAGGGGUUGGGAAUCUAGAAAAGCCAUGAAUUCACUAAAGCUGAUGAACAAUGUUCUUGAAUCAUAUUACAUUAAGCACUUUAUCAUUCCUCUAUCAUUUCAGCUUUUCUUUAAUGGGGUCUGGAAAUUUCAGAUAUAUUCAGUAGGAUAAAAACAUUCUGGUAUAUUUUGAAACAGGGUGGCAUCUGGAAGAAAAAUGUGUGUGUAUAAUUAUGUAAUUGUAACACAAAAUGUACUGUAAUCAAAAUGUCUCAAAAUUUUAUGCUGAUAUUUCUACAGUUGUAAGCCUUAGUCAAACUGUUGUUGUCAUGGAAAGAAACACGAAGGGUGGAUCAAAUAUUGUAGUUUGCAUAUAUAAUGAAAUAUUAAAGGUUUUGUGAUAUUAAUUAAAAUAAAAGUUAUUCACAAAUAUUAAGGAAAAUGAUGCAUAUGAACCUCAGGGAAGUAGUAAUAAAUUUUCACAUAUUGAAUACAAAUAGUAUUUUUAAAUCUAUCAACAAAAAGGUCUAAUUUAAUUAAUAAAUUAAUAACGUCACAGAAAGAUUUCAAGAAAUUUAAGCAACUCCAAAAGUCAUUUUAAUGUUUGACAAAAUAUUGUUGUUUAUAAGACGAAAAUGACGAAGGUGUUUAAAAUAUUACUGUUUCCUAUGUACACGUCUGCAUUCAGUGCAAAGUUAAUCAACACAUAGCUUAUUAUAUGAAGUAUGGCUGAAGGCAUAAGUCUGCUCUCUUAAAAUAGGCUGGGCAUUUUCAGUAAAUAUAAGUAUUUCAUAUAAAUGAUGAGGGAGCCUUUGAAGAAACCAAUGGAGUUUGUAUCACGCGCAUAUAUCACGCAUCAUUGACUACACCAGUGCAAAUAGCUUUAAAAAAUACCAGCUGAUAAUUAAUGAAGAUCACUGGGAUAUUUAUUGCAGAUAAAAAAGUCUGCCCUGUUAAUAUAAUAUACAACAUGCAAUCUAAUAAGAACGUGUAGGAAGAAAGCAGAAAGGAUACCAUGUCUUGUGUUAAUACCAAGAAGCAUACAUUUAGUCAGUAAAGGUAAUAUAACAUGUGUUUACUGUAUAAUUUUUUUGUGUAUAACUUAAUUGAUGCUGAUGGAACCUGACUGAUGUUUGAAGAUUAUUUUUGCACUUGGCCCUAAUGAUUCCUGUGUUUCCUGAAAUUUUAUAAGUAUAUAUGACUGGUAGCCAGGAAAUCCAGGGGGCAAAAAAAGAAAUAAAUUUUUCAAAUAAUGUAUAAUUGUAAUACUAUCCAUCCAUCCACCCAUUUUCCAACCCGCUUAUCCCGCUGGGCUGCGGGGGGUCCGGAGCCUAUCCCGGAAGCUAUGGGCACGAGGCAGGGAACAACCCAGGAUGGGAGGCCAGCCCAUCACACCAUAAUACUGUUCUUCAUGAAAUAAAGCAUUUCGAGUAUGAGUUUGUUGAGUAAAUAUUUUAAGACCUGGAUUUUAUUGCCAUUAUAAGCAUCAUUUUGUACCAUAUCAGGAGUGAAUUUAAUGCAAAUAUAUAUUGCUUGUGUUAUGCUUAUAUUAUUUGAUAUACUGUCUGUAAACUUACUAAAAUAUUAAUACACUAAAAUAUUAUGGCUUGUCUUUUAAUUUUUU